CACGACGUAUUGUAGAACAGGCCUUAGGCGAGGUUUACGUACAUAAUUUGAGGUGUGUGGUUGUUCAGAUAUUCUUGUCCUUGAUAUUUUUCUUUGCGAAUUACAACAGAGAUUUUUCUGAAAUUAAAGGAAGCGUUAAAUUAAGAGCAUUCGGAAGCGGGUAUUCUGUCAUAAUGUCGAUCGGAGUUCCCAUUAAAGUACUUCACGAGGCCGAAGGCCACACCAUAACCUGUGAGACAAACACCGGCGAGGUAUAUCGCGGAAAACUGAUCGAGGCGGAAGAUAAUAUGAACUGUCAGAUGCAGAAUAUUACAGUGACAUAUCGGGAUGGCCAAGUAGGACAACUAGAAAACGUGUAUAUUCGCGGCUCGAAAAUUAGGUUCCUCAUACUACCGGAUAUGCUGAAAAACGCACCCAUGUUCAAACGACCCGGUGGUAAAGGAUCAGGCACGGCCGGUAGAGGAAAGUCCGCAAUAUUGCGUGCCCAAGCUCGUGGUAGAGGAAGAGGACAAAACCAAAGAGGCAAAGGUACUGGUUCAGCGCCUUGGCUAAAUCAACAGAAUCAACCAGGUGGAUCUCAAGCUGGUAGAGGCAGGGGAUAAAUUCUGUGAUGAUAAAUAAUAUUUUUCAAUAUUGAAAUACAAGCGUAAUGUCCUGUAUUUUUGUAAUAUCAUUUCUAAAUGAUUCAUUCUGACAUACGUUUGAAUAAUAUGCAAUUUAUAUUUUUAAUUCCUAUGUGAAUAAUAAAUCGAUUCAUAUGCUAUAU